AAAUUGUUAUUUCCCCUCUCAAUAAACUCUCCACCAAAAAUCAUCUUCGAAAUAGCUUUUGGUUUACAGAAAGAAAAGUUGAAUAGAAAUUGAGCUCGGUUGAAGUAAAGAAUUGGAAGUUUAGCUGGGAUAUCGAAUAUAGGAUUUUGUUUACUUCCAGUUCUAAUUAUACACGUAUUAUUAAUUUUUCCCCUUUGUGAAACUACAUUGUUAAAGAAUUUUUUGCAAGUUACCCUCGAGCUGCACGAUGUACCGCCUAUUUGGAAAAAAAAAGGAGGAACCUACGGUUUCAAUUACAGAUGCUAUUCAAUCCUUAGACGAGAGAAGUGGCUCGAUUGAAGUUAAGAUUGCAAAACUAGACGGUCAACUGUCCGCUUUGCAGCAAAAGAUGAACACAACGAGACCUGGUCCCCUCUUGAACAGCAUUCGGCAGCGAGCCAUGAAUGUAUUGAAACAGAAGAAACUGUAUGAGUCGCAACUGCAACAGUUGCAGCAGCAGUCAUUUAAUAUGGAACAAACAGCUAUGACUACAGAAUCAUUAAAGAACACAAUGGUUAGUGUACAGGCUUUGCAGCAAACAGCCAAGCAAUUGAAAGCACAGAACAAGCAAAUCUCUUUAGAGAAAAUUGACGCUUUACAAGAUGAACUGCAAGAGUAUUUGGAUUCUGCUGGUGAACUAAAUGAUAUCCUCGGCCAGAAUAUGAGCUCGGUCGACAUUGAUGACGAAGAGUUGGAUGCAGAACUUGAAGCACUGCAACAAGAUCAAACGUGGGCCGAGCAGCAGGAGCAGACGAACGGGUUGCCGGCGUAUCUGCAACCAUUGAACGAUUUGCCCGAAUUCGUUGAUGAGGAAACAAAAGAAGCUACGACAGCACAGUAGUGAAAAGUCCUAAGACUUCUUGGUUGAUGGCCAAUUAGCAAUAAUGAGCAAAAAUACAGUUAUGCAUUUCUACUUUCCACGCAUUGCUGGUUUCUGGGCUGAAAAGAAGUAAUUACACCAAACCUUUGUUCCAGGCGCACCAAGAACCCACUUUCCUAAGAAAGGAUUGAAUGCAACACUGCGUUCUCCAUUUACUGCCCAUCCUUUUUCAAGAAAAAACUCUCGCAUUUCCUCCGGUCGGAUAUAUUUUUCAUAAGUGUGUGUUCCUGGCGGGACAAUAUGAAGAACAUUUUCUGCGAGCGUGAGAGUGAGCAGGCGUGAAACCAUUGUUCUUGAAAUCGUUGACAAGAAGACAUAUCCCAAUGGCUUAACAUGCCGCAUUAAUUCAUUUAGGAAGUUUGCGGGCUCUGCGACGUGUUCCACAACUUCCAUGACAGUGACCGCGUCAAAUUGUUUCCCAUUAAAAUUGGUGUUCUCUAUUGAGCCAAGUUUAUACCGCAACUUGUUCUGUAAACUAGGGUCUUGUUUCAUAUGUUGUUGUGCAGCCUCUAUGGUCCCGGGAGAUGCAUCCAAGCCAACAACGUGAGCGCCGAGUCGAGCUAGACUUUCACUGAGAAUUCCUGCACCGCAUCCAACGUCGAGAAUUCGUUUUCCCGGGAACCAAUUUUUCUGUUUGACAAUAGAGCGUAUGAAGUCGAUACGAGGAGGGUUCAUUAAAUGCAACAGACGGCUGCUGCCAUCCCAAUCCCACCAUGUUUUAGCAAGGUCGUCAAAGUGGCCUAUUUCUCUUGCGAGUAUGGAACUGUUGGAUGACACAAAUCUCUGGCACAUUGAAUGUGCCAUCUUUGGUAAUAUCAUCACAUUACGUGUAAACAUUUAGGAAUGAUGGUAGUAGAAAGUUAAGGAUUGAUGUUUAGGAGCUCUGUGGAUCUCCGAAAAACUAAAUAGGAUGUAGUUCCUUUAAUGAAUGAAUUCAAUGACAGAAUAUAUUAA